UAUUGCUUGAUAGUUGACAUUACUCUCGUAAGUCAGUAUUAUUUCCGCCGUAGUUUGACGGUUCACGGUUGCAUAUAUUAUUUAGUUACUGAACUGUAGAAAAAAAUACCAGAAUGAGUGAUGAUAGCAGUGACAGACCCAGUGAACAUUCUGCUGAGCUUCCCAGGCCUAGGAAGACAACCCGUCACGCAUCCGUCCGCUAUUAAAAGGUGCAUCCCGCCCGUUUGUUGUGGGACAUCGAUUAAUUUUAUCACAGUUUGUCAUCAGGAUAUUAUCUGGACAUGUAUACUUUCAUCACAUGUAUACUGGUACGGAAACCAAACGCAUGUGCAACCAAAUCUGAGACCGAAUUAAAGGCGGCCCUUUCUCGAACGGAAUCUGGCGUGGAAAGUUUGCGGGCGGCGUUGGGGCAGUGCUGGAACUAUUCUGCUUUUCGCCUGGUCCAGCAAGCGGAAGUGGCGCACCAGUACAAGAACCCGGUUUGGCUGCCGAAACUCUCUCCGCCUCCUCCGGGCCCCAGAGGUCACGUGCGGCGGCCCAGACUGGGUGAGACGAUUAGACUGGCAAGUGCGGCCCAUCCGGCAUUCCCAAACGUAAUCGUGUGGAAGCGUAAAGGUCAUCUAUUAGCCAGCCGGCAGACCGAGGGAGACCUUCGCUACAAUCGCACCGGCGAUAACGCUCUGCAACUGCACGACGUCACUUACGCGGCGUGGGGCAAGUUCGAGUGCCUGCAGCGCUGUCAGCAGAAUGAGACCGACGACUGGUGCCUGCAGGCGGAAUACUGGGUCUUCCCUAAACCAACGGCCGAAUAUCCCAGACUGUUCGGCCAGUGGCUGCCGGCGGUCACUGUGCCGAAAUAUAUGCCCUUCUCGGUAACCUGCCAACUGGAGUGCCCCUGUGGUCCCGACCCGGCGCAGCACUUUAUCUGGCGCUACGCCGGAGUGUACCUGGCCUGACCGCCCGGUCACUAUCUGCAGCAGAUCGCUUGCCUACAGGACAACCGCCAGACGCUGAUGAUCCACACCAACGCCUCCGAGAUAACCGGCGCCGACGGUCGCCAGCACUGUGCGUCGACGCUAACGCUGCACGUGCCUUGGGCGAACCACACCGGCUCCAAGCUGGAGUGCUGGGAGCGCUCCGACACCACCCAGCAGGAGUGGUAUUUCCUCACCACUCCCGUUCAGUUCAACGGGAGCCUGCCUUUCCCCGGAUAACCCUGCGUAUUUUCUUUGGUGGGAUUAUCAGUUGAUUCGGUGAAUUUGGAGUUAGUUAAAGUCGUUUUAUUGAGGAAAAACUGUUUGACAAAAGUGUACUUAGUGUACGCGACACAUUCUCAGUAAAUUAUUUCCAACGCCGUAAUACAAGUACAACAAACUAACUGAUUUUGACGAUAUUUUUCAUCGGGUUUUCGCUGUCCUCGCCGAGAAAAACGAAGAAUACGUCUG